CAAUAAUAAAGCUGUCAUUCUUCCCAGUUCUCUACAUACCACAAACGUCCAAAUUAUCGUAACUCUUUUUUUUUAAACAUUUCUCUUCACAAAACAAAUUCAAUCGAAAAUGAAUUACCCGCUUCAGUCAAGUGAUUGCGGAACUGAUGGGAAAUGAUUUGAAUUAUUUAUUUUCACUCAAUUUGUUUACUGAUUUUUAAGGUUAUGUUUUCUGUUCCUUUUGUUUAAAAAAAAUAAAUAAUAAAAUCGAAGCCAAAAAUAAAAGUUAUUUGUUUUGCAAAAUCAGUGCUAAUUUUACACUCGGUUAAUUUAUUUGUUGGUCACGUAUAUGAUGAAAUGGCUGAAAUCAAAACAAAAUCGAAAAAAAACUUCACCAGUUAUUUGGACAGUGAGGCAUUAAAUGGCAGCGAACAAGUGAAUCCAGAUCCGAAACUUUUGUCCGGUGAAUUGGAGGUGGCCAGAGCGCGCAAUGUAUUGUUGUUUAGUCCGACUAGUAAAAUUAAAGACGAUAAUGGUAUUCCAGGUGUACUGGUGAUUACCAAUUUUAAAUUGUCAUUCCUUUCCUUCGAUGAUACGGAUGCAUCAUCUGUGUACCAGGACAAUGUUUUUCUUGGGAAAAACGACGUCACCCUGUCAAACAUCGACUACAUAUAUCAAAUCAACGAUCGAAAAAAGCGACUAGUUGCACCAAAUGUAAAAAUUUUAUCAAAAUUAGAUGUGCUACAUAUCAUUUGCAAGAACUUCCGUGUCUUCAAAUUCGGUUUUAAACGAUCAGAAGUCGGUAAGGGCAAACACAUUGCUGAGGCACUGGCGAAAUUCGCGUUCCCGAAUCGACACAAUUUGCUAUUUUCGUACAAUUACAAAGAGAACUACUACAACACACUGAGGACUAUACCAAUGUAUAACAAGAAAAUGGAUUGGUCACAGGAACUGCUGCGGUGUGGAGCGACCGGCUGGCGUGUAUUGUCUCGUGAACGGGAAGAUAACAUUCCCGAACGAACGUUACCAAUGCACUAUGUUAUACCAAAAACCGUAACGGAAAUCGAGUACAUCAAAUUGGCAGAGUCGUUCAAUCGGUCCCGUGCAGCUAUUUGGGUGUAUAGUCUUGAAAAUGCAUCUCUGGUCAGAAUGGCCGAGCUGAUACCAACAAUAACCGAUACGAAGCCAGAAAACAAGAUGUUGGAACUGGUCCGAAAGUGUGAUCCAGCGAUGAAACAGCCAAGUAUUAUGGAACUGAACAAAGUCCUGCCGUCGAUCCAGGAAGUGCAGGCCAGUUUUCUAAAGCUACGAGAACUCUGCACACCAGACUGCUCACGGCAAUUUAUGGUUCAAGAUGUUCGAUUUUACACCUUACUCGAUAAGUCGUGUUGGCUGUUUUACGUGUCGUUAUGUCUAAAGUAUUCGAAUGAGGCGGCGAUGAAAAUGCGUCAACGAGAAACGGUCGUACUGCAAGAGAGUGAAGGUCGCGACAUGUGCUGUGUGAUCUCUAGCUUAACGCAAAUUAUGUUGGAUCCAUAUUACCGAACAUUAAGCGGUUUCCAGGCAUUGAUACAGAAGGAUUGGGUGUCGCUGGGUCAUCCGUUUAGUGAUAGACUGGGCCACGUCAUAAACAGUGACACAACCGAGCAAAGUCCCCUGUUUCUACUGUUUCUUGACUGCACAUGGCAAUUGAUUCAACAAUUUCCAGAAGAAUUUGAAUAUUCCGAAACAUUUCUUACGACAAUUUGGGACUCCGCUUUUCUGCCGUUAUUUGACACAUUCCAAUUCAAUUCGGAACACGAUCGGCAAUACGCCCACAAAAAUGAACACUUAAUUCUGCGACCGGUAUGGGAUUGGGGCGAACAAUUCUCCGACAAAGACAUGGUCCUGUUCGCCAAUCCACUGUUUAAGAAGCCACCAGAACAAUCGAGAAAAUCAAUGGCAUUUCUACCACCCACUGCGAUACCUUUACCUGGCCUACAUCAAACUGGCUCAAGAAUGACGAUGCAUGUUCCACAAGCAGCAGCCGUGGCCAGUCAGCUGCCAGAGGACCGUUUUAUCGAGCCGCAAACCAACAUCCGUGACCUGGAACUCUGGACACAAUGUUACUUCCGUUGGCAACCGCUGCUCGAAAUCAAAAACGGUGGCUAUCCACAGGUUGAACUGUACAAUCGGAUCAUUCUCAGUAAUAUUUCCAAAUUGCAACAAGCAUUACAGUCCAAUGACUUUGAAGAUGUGCCGAUACCGUUAAAUGAAUCCGACGAUGUGAUCAACGGCGUCAACGUUAACGGUCCGUCGAUGCCGUCGAUCAGUUCUUUUUUUCCAUUUAGUGGAAAUAAUUCGAAUUCCGAUGAAUUGACCGAUAUUUUGACGCAGAGCUAUGAUUUCUUGACGGAUGGAUCCAUCAUUGACGGAUUGUCAAUUUCACAGAUUCCAGAUUGAGGAUUAAUGUUGAUUGUAUUUGUGUAUGAAAUGGCGUUUCAUAGAAAAUUUCUGUUCACAAUUUUUACCGAGAAAAAGUAUUUUCCGUUUUUGUUCGCAUAGUUAAAAUGAUUUAAAAAGAAGAGAAGAAAAUUGCGGAUUGAGAUGAUCCAUUGCGUACGAGAUUGAGGCUAUUGAAGCUACAGUCCUCCAUAUAUUUUAAGAAAUGAAGCCUUAUUUUCAUCGGUUAACAAAAUAUAAUAAAUUGCGAAGUUAUUUAUUUGUUAAUUAAAAAACUAAAAUGAAAAG